AUGAAUUUUUCUUCCGUACCAACCAAUACAACAGUGAAUGAAAUUAAAAUUUCGGGGAUUAUCAAUGAUGAUCAAUUAAAACCAUUGAUGGAACGAUUAACUGGACUUUUCGGAACCAAAGAAAUACCUUUCAAAGAAUGGAUUAAUGUAUAUAAAGCUCUCUCAUCAUUACCUCCACCACAAUCAUCAACGACACAAUCCGAGGAUGCUACGGUUGUUUCUUCGCUCUCUCUUUCAAAAGAAUUUGAAAUACAUGUGGUGGCCGAUGUGGUGAAAGCAAAUGUUCAGGAAAAGGCUGAAGUGAAGGAAACGGAAAAAAUUGUGUGGAGAGAUAUUAAAUCGUUAGGAAUUCAUGUAUUACCACAGAAGGAUAUGCCAUUUAAAUCAAAUGUGAGAACUGUAACGUUGAGUGAAGUUUAUGGUGGAAACCCGUUGGCUAUGUUGGAAAUGUUGGCUUGUGACUUUGUGUAUGAAUAUGUCAAGGAAGGUUAUCGUUUCAUUUCAAAAACUGGUACAUAUAUUGAUAUUUAUACCUUGAAAAAAGUAAUGAGACGAGGAAUUCCAUUCAAAGAAAACUGCGUUCCUGUGAAUGAUGCAACCUCAUAUGGUGUGGAAGCUUACAAAUUUUCUCCUCAAAAUUUAGAAAUCACCUAUGCCAUGGAAAAAGAACUGACCACAUUGGCAAGUAAUUUGGCGAAUCUUGAGAUUUAUCUAGUAAAAGCAGAAUAA